GACUGUGACAUAUUGUUAUUCAUGAUGUUACGUCAGUAGGCCCACUUCCUAAUGAAAAGGGAAACUUUAGUGGAGGUUUUCACAGCCAGUCCCAGACCAUGGAGGACAAUUUGGAGUCACGCACGACGGCCACGGCAGACAGCGGUUCAGACGCGGGCAGCAGUUCGUCGACCCUGGCUUAUGACAAGCAUUUCGUCUGCUCUGCACCCGGACUGCUCACUUUAAUAGAAGUAGUCUUUGGUCUUCUUGUUUGGAUGUUGAUUGGCGGGACCGAGUACCUGCAGGUGGCUGCCCUGUCCUGGGUCAUGUGUGGAUCAGUGGUGUGUUGGGUGCUGACCGUCUGCCAGCUCCUCGUCGGCCUCACCAGUGUGCACACCCGCUUCCCUCAGCUACCGUGGAACACACUGGUUCUGUGUUUUAAUAGCAUAGCAGCAGCACUGUAUACAAUUGCAGCUUUGGUGGAUGCUGCAUCUAUCACCCAAGCCAUAAGAGGGCGCCACAGCUACAACAGUUGGAUGGCCUCCACGAUUUUUGCCUUCCUUGUGGCUAUAUGCUAUGCAUCCAAUGCAUAUCUAAGUUUCAGAUCCUGGAAGAAUCAGAGAUGACAAACAAAACUAAUGUAAUGGAAGUAACAUACAGUAUCACAUAGAAAGGGUUUCACCUGGUAAGCCUCUUCUGUACUUUUAGAACUUCUUUUCAAUGCAGUACUUUUUUGUAUAUUGUGUGAAAUCAGCCCAUGCUUGUAAGAAUGUGUACACAUAUCACUUACUAUAUGUUCAGAAUUAUUUCCAGAACCACCGUGUUGCAGUUAUGUCCCUAGUUGUGCCAAUUCUAGCCAGUUGUGUCGUUUGGCUCUUAUUACCAGACUAAAUUCAGUCACAUAUGUGGAUGACUUCAGGGCACAUAAUUGAACGACAAACAUUUUCAAAAUAAUUUUCAUGAUUCCCAUGACUUGAUGUAAAUAAAACCUUAUUAACAUGAGCCAUAUUACAUUAACUGGAAAUGUUGUUAUAGAGAUAAUAUUGUUAAUAUUAAAAGAAUAAAUAUAUUUAGACUGUGUAUAUGACUACUCCCUAUGAAUUAUAUUUUUUUCUAAGGUGGAGAUAUGGUAUCUCUGUUAUUAGAAGUAUGUAUUUGUAUGAUCGAUGAUUCAGCCUCUUGUGAACUAUGGUGUGUUAUGAUUUCUAAUAUAAAUGAUCCUAUCAAUACAUUUGCAUUAAUAAUCAUAAUAUGCAAUAUUUCCACAUAAUAUCUCCUCAUGAAGGAAUGUAAUAUUACCUUCUUUUGUCCUGCAAAUGCACCACAAAAAUAUUAGCCAUCCAGAAUGAAAGGUAAAAAAAGCCCUUUCAGUGACGCUAGAACAAAUGGCAAUGUUAUUGAAUAAAUUGUUCACUCUGCCUUUUUCAUAUUUAAAUCUAACAAAUUACAAUCUGUGUGUGUGUGGUGGGGGUAGUGGUACAAUGUAUCUUAUUUCAAACUGUGAAAAAAUAAUAGCAAAAAAUAAUAGCAAAAUCUUAGAAUCCUA